UCGCUGGCUAUUUCUCCGAUCUUCCCAAACGCCCAGAUCCUGGGGGAAGCCACCCUCUUCGGCCACCGAUCGUGGAAGAAAGUCUUACUUUGUGUCUACCCAAUAUUUCUAAGAUGUUUGAAGAUCCGUCUGCCGCAUGGAGGCUGUCGUUCCUAGGGACACAAGUAUCCAGCCUAUAUUGUUACCAUUAUUUCGCCCCAACUGGCCUCUUCGCUGCCUACACUAAUGGAACAUCAUCUUCAACGGGCUAUUUCAGCACAGCAGGUGUAUGGCGAGAAGAGGGAUAAUAUGGUUAUACCAGUCCCAGAGGCUGAAAGUAAUAUUGCUUACUAUGAAUCUAUAUAUCCUGGGGAAUUCAAGAUGCCAAAGCAGCUCAUUCACAUACAGCCUUUUAGUUUGGAUGCCGAACAGCCUGAUUAUGACUUGGAUUCUGAAGAUGAAGUAUUUGUAAAUAAACUGAAAAAGAAAAUGGACAUCUGCCCUUUGCAAUUUGAAGAGAUGAUUGACCGUCUAGAAAAAGGCAGUGGUCAACAGCCAGUCAGUCUGCAGGAAGCCAAACUACUGCUUAAAGAAGAUGAUGAAUUAAUUAGAGAGGUUUAUGAAUACUGGAUUAAAAAGAGAAAAAACUGUCGAGGACCAUCUCUUAUCCCAUCAGUAAAACAAGAGAAGCGAGAUGGUUCCAGCACAAAUGAUCCUUAUGUGGCUUUUAGAAGACGAACUGAAAAAAUGCAGACUCGAAAAAAUCGCAAAAAUGAUGAAGCCUCUUACGAAAAAAUGCUCAAGUUGCGUCGAGAUCUAAGUCGGGCUGUUACAAUUUUAGAAAUGAUAAAAAGAAGAGAAAAGAGUAAAAGGGAGCUAUUGCACUUAACACUGGAAAUUAUGGAGAAGAGGUAUAAUUUAGGUGAUUAUAAUGGAGAGAUCAUGUCCGAGGUUAUGGCACAGAGACAGCCAGUGAAACCUACUUAUGCCAUCCCCAUCAUUCCUAUUACUAAUAGCAAUCAAUUUAAACAUCAGGAAGCAAUGGACGUGAAGGAGUUUAAAGUUAAUAAGCAAGAGAAAGCUGAUCUUAUACGACCGAAACGUAAAUAUGAGAAGAAGCCCAAAGUCUUACCUUCGUCUGCUGCUGCUACUCCUCAACAGACGAGUCCUGCUGCACUGCCAGUCUUCAAUGCUAAAGACUUAAAUCAAUACGACUUCCCCAGCUCAGAUGAAGAACCUCUCUCCCAGGUUUUGUCCGGCUCUUCGGAGGCUGAGGAAGAGAAUGAUCCUGAUGGUCCUUUCGCUUUCCGUAGGAAAGCUGGCUGUCAAUACUAUGCUCCUCACUUAGACCAAACUGGCAACUGGCCUUGGACAAGUCCUAAAGAUGGGGGCUUAGGGGAUGUGCGAUAUAGAUACUGCUUAACUACCCUCACCGUGCCCCAAAGGUGUAUUGGAUUUGCACGAAGACGGGUUGGGCGCGGUGGAAGGGUCUUACUGGACAGAGCUCAUUCAGACUAUGACAGUGUGUUGCGCCAUUUGGAUUUGGAAAUGCUUUCCUCUCCACAGCAUUCUUCAGUCAAUCAAUUUGCCAAUACCUCAGAAACAAAUACCUCGGACAAAUCUUUCUCUAAAGACCUCAGUCAGAUCCUAGUCAAUAUCAAAUCAUGUAGAUGGCGGCAUUUUAGGCCUCGGACACCAUCCCUACAUGACAGUGACGAUGAUGAACUCUUCUGUAGAAAGUUGUACAGGAGUGUAAACCGAACAGGAACAGCACAACCUGGGACCCAGACAUGCAGUACCUCUACGCAAAGUAAAAGUAGCAGUGGUUCAGCACACUUUGCAUUCACAGCCGAACAAUACCAGCAACAUCAACAGCAACUGGCACUAAUGCAGAAACAGCAGCUUGCACAAAUUCAUCAACAGCAAGCAAAUAGUAAUUCCUCCACCAACACAUCACAGAACCUUGCAUCUAACCAGCAGAAAAGUGGCUUUCGCCUGAAUCUACAUCAUAGCCACUCUAUACAGGGUUUAGAAAGAACAUUGCAGGGUUUUGUUUCCAAGACUUUGGAUUCUGCUAGUGCCCAGUUUGCUGCUUCUGCUUUGGUGACAUCAGAGCAACUGAUGGGAUUCAAGAUGAAGGACGAUGUGGUGCUUGGGAUUGGGGUGAAUGGCGUCCUUCCUGCCUCAGGAGUAUACAAGGGCUUACACCUCAGUAGUACUACACCGACAGCACUUGUACAUACAAGUCCAUCAACAGCAGGUUCAACUUUGUUACAGCCUUCAAAUGUAACACAGACUUCGAGUUCCCACAGUGCACUGGGUCAUCAAGUAACUGCUGCCAAUUCUGCAACAACUCAGGUUCUGAUUGGGAACAACAUUCGAUUAACUGUACCUUCAUCGGUUGCCACUGUAAACUCCAUUGCUCCCCUAAAUGCACGACAUGUACCUAGGACUUUAAGUGCUGUUCCGUCGUCUGCCUUAAAGCUGGCUGCCGCAGCGAACUGUCAAGUUGCCAAGGUUUCAUCUUCAUCUUCCGUGGAUUCAGUUCCAAGAUGAGGAGACUGAGGCCCCGAGAAACUAACUGACUUCUCCAUGAACACUCAACAACCUAGGUGAUAGAACAACAAAAAUUCUGACCUUCCGUGUGCUAGCUCAGUACCUGUUGUACCCAACAUACAGUCUUCAUAAAUCCUGUGGCAUACACUGUUAGGGGAUUUAUAAGAUACAGGCAUUAAGAUACAUGAAUUAAAAGCAACCAUUCCUUUCUGUUGUACAUCAAAAUUGUAUGUAAACCAGAACAGCUGGGUACAGUUCAUAUCUAAUAUCUGUCCUUCAAAUGUUUGUCUAAAUAUAUAGUGUACAUAUCUAUGUGUACUAACAAGUAAACACUUCCAGGUACACUAAACAUCUUUAAUGAUACCGCAGUGUAAUGUUUUCAUGUGCAUAACGUAGGAGACCUGUUUGUUACUACAGACCAUUGCAUCUACCUCGUUUUCAAUAGAGUAGGCUCUAUGGGGCAGUGACCACAGAUGGAUUGUGUCAGAAUGCUGUACAUAAAGUAUACAGCUCAUGCCUGCAGCAGAACCCCCGACUUAAACUGGUGACGUGAACCUCAGUCACAUUGUUUCUUUUUGUAAGUUCUUGUAAAUUUAAGACUGGAGGAAAUUGAACACAGAAGGACAUGGAAAAUACAAACUAAAAGUUGAGAAUUCCUUGUGUGUUUAAUAUUGAGGUUGAAAUAUCCAACAUCUUCCUUAAGCUGGGUGCUACAGCAGAGUACCAAGUUUCCACGAGUUUUGUUCCAAGAGAUAAAGUUGACUGUGAAAUUUAAUAGCCUUGUUUCCACCUACAUAUUCCUGAUGAUAAAUGCUGAAGGAGUAUUUCUUUAGUCGGCACCAUAUUUCCCAAAACAUAAUCAUAUUCCUACUACUAAAAUGAAUUAAGCUCUUUCCUGGGAAGAUGGUUUUGGCUUAUUAAAUCUAUAUAUUGCAGAUAAGUAAUUGAUUGAACUUGUGUUAGUCUGGGUACUUCAGAGAAACAAAUCCACAGAAACUCAUGUAUAAGAGAGAGUUUAUAUAAAG